AUGUGCAUCCUCGCCUUCAUCACGCGCCACUGCGAGCGCUUCCCGUUUAUUCUGAUUGGCAAUCGUGAUGAGGAGCUGGCAAGGGUCACUGGGGGGCUGACACUGGACACAUCCACCGGGCUUGUGUGGGCGCUGGAUCGGCGCGCCGGUGGGUCGUGGAUGGGUAUCGAGCCUCGCAGCGGGCGGUUCGCCAUUCUUACAAACUGUCGACGCUCGCCAGCCGCACCUUUGACCUGCAGCGCAACGGCACGCGAUGAGGACCAGUGCGGCGGUAGCGAGAGAGGUGAGCCGGCACAGCGCACAGGGCUUUCCACCGCAGCUGCCGUGUGGCGCGGGGCUGCACCGCUCUCGCACAUCUGUGCACACACCACCGUGGUGCCGGUGGCUGCCUUGCCGGCCGUACCGGCAACGGCCAAGACAGCAGCGGAAGACAAUCAUUGUCCUCAACACAGCAAGCAGCUGCAGACGGUGACACUCGCCUACGAUCCACCGACGUCGCGCGGCCUAGUCAUCAAGAACUUUCUGCAAACGGGUAUCCUGCCAGGGGACACCGCGCAGACGCCGAUAGGUUGCACAAGAAGCGAAGACGCUGAAGCACCUCUGGACAAGAGCGCUGCCACUAGGGCAGCGCUGCCGGCUGUACUGCGAGUGCCUCCCUACUAUGCCGGCUUCAACCUUCUCUCCUGCGACGACCUUCGUCGGUGCGGCGUCGAUGCUGUCACAUCGGAGCAUGGGCGGCAGGUGUCUGGCAACACAAGCGCCGCCGCACCGGAGAUCCUCUACACAACAAAUCGAUACGCUGCCGAGCACCGGCAGCCCGUUGCACCAGGCCAGGUGCACUGCUUGCAGAACAGCUACUUGGACAACAUGCAUGGCGAGCCCAUUACGGCCCGACUUGGGCAACUCUUCACGGACGCUCUCCACCGUGUGAUCGACCCCAUCGCAGCGGAGCAGCCCCCCUCGUCGACGUCGGGCAUUACUCCAGCCAUAGUAACGGAGGUGGCGACGGCACUAGCGGACGAGUGUUUGUGCGACCGCUGCAACUUUGACUUGCCCAAGAUGGAGAAGACGGCGCUCUCGGCAGCGGAGGCGGCGGCCCUGCACGCGCAGCUGCACUCGAAUAGCCCACUCCUGGGCUUUACUGAGAAGGAACUCCGUGAGUACUUUGGCAACAGCGCUGUCGGUGAUGGAGAUGACGUUUCGGUUCGGUUUUGUGACGGGGGCGCCGCGACGCGUGAGGCCUACCUGCAGUCAAGCAUAUUCAAGGUGCCAUUUCGUGGUUAUGGCACACGGAUGCAGUCGAUGGUGUUAGUGGAGCGGGUCGCAGCGGUGCCGUCGACGCUUCCCAACGUAGCGCUGUCUGCCAGCACCACCACGGUCAUCCACUUCUGUCAGCGAGAGGUGUCCGUUGACGUGGCAACACAGCGUGUGGUGGCGGCGCCGUGGAUUGCCUACCGCAUCCUCCAAGACGGCAGCUGCCUGCGCGACUCCGCAGAGACACCAACGUCAUCAUGCACAUAG